GUGUUUACUUUUUUCCACACUGAGAGCAUGCUGCAUUCCUGCACCCAGAGACCAGCCAGAGGGACUUUCCUGCCAAUCUGUGCCAUUGACCAGCCUGUGGAAAAGGGACCAUCUUACCAGCCUGUUGCAGAGGAACCAGCCAUAAUUAUUGACAGUGAGGAGGAAGAGGAGGAGGAGAAGCCCUCUCCCCAACUUGACCCUACACUGGAACAGGCCAUCGAGGAGGAGGAGGAUGAUGAUGAGGCACAAUUUAGUGCUACUGGCAGUGAUGAAUUUCCCAUUAGGCACGAGAGGCAGGAAAUGGAUAAUUCAUUGAAUUGCAUCCCGCUUCAUCCAAAGGAGUCUACUAAACAUGAUACUGUCUGUAUUUUUGGAACUGGAGACUUUGGUAGAUCUCUUGGGUUUAAGCUGCUUCAGUGUGGCUUCACUGUUAUCUUCGGAAGCAGAAAUCCAAACUCAUCCAACCUUAUCCCUAAAGGAGCGGAAGUCCUAACCCAUGUGGAGGCCGCAAAGAAAACCAACCUCAUUAUUUUAGCCAUUCACAGAGAGCAUUAUCACUUUCUGACAUCUUUUGCUGACACUCUGCAAGGUAAAGUAUUGGUUGAUGUCAGCAACAAUCUGAAAAUAAACCAGUAUCCAAAAUCUAAUGCAGAACACCUGGCCAGUUUGUUACCAGGAGCUAAAGUAGUCAAGGCAUUUAACACAGUCUCGGCAUGGGCUCUGCAAUCAGGAACGCUAGAUGCAAGUAGGCAGGUUUUCCUUUGUGGUGAUGAUGCGAAAGCAAAAGAAGCGGUCACGGAGAUUGCCCGUUCUCUUGGACUCACGCCUCUAGACCAAGGAUCCCUAUUGGCAGCCAAUGAGAUAGAGAAUUACCCACUGCAGUUAUUUCCAAUGUGGAGACUUCCUUUC